AUGGGGAAGAGCAAUCAGAUUGGAAAAGCAAGACUCGACAAGUACUACACUCUUGCAAAGGAAAAGGGAUACAGAGCACGAUCUGCGUUCAAGCUGAUCCAAAUGAACAGGAAGUAUGGGUUCUUGGAGAAUGCACACAUCUUGAUCGAUCUAUGUGCUGCACCGGGGUCGUGGUCGCAGGUGGCAGCACAGGAGAUGCCGCUGCGCAAGAAGAUCAUUGCAGUGGAUAUUGAGCCAAUAAAGUUUAUUGGGGAUGUCGAGACUGUGGUUGCAGACAUAACUGGUGAGCAGUGCAGGUCAGAGCUGAAGAUGAUUCUUGGAAAUCACAAGGCAGAUGUGGUUCUGAACGAUGGAGCACCGAAUGUGGGCACUUCUUGGGAGAACGAUGCAUUCAAUCAGAAUCUGCUUGUGCUGCACUCAAUAAAGCUAGCAAGCGAGUUUCUGAAGAAAGACGGAGUGUUUGUAACGAAGAUUUUCCGCUCUCAGGACUACUUUUCGCUGCUGGAUGUGAUGUCUCGACUGUUCAGUGUUGUUGAGACAUCCAAGCCUCUGAGUUCGAGGUCGCAGAGUGCAGAGAUAUUUUUGGUAUGCAUGGGGUUUGUUGGGGAGGACAGUGUUGACUGUGGAAUGCUUGAGCCGUCUGCGGUGUUCAAGGAAGAAAAGGAAGCGGGGGGAUAUGAGGACUUCAACUUCUGCAAGAAACUGAAGUUUACAGACUUUCUCAUGGAAGACAAUCCGCAGAUCCUGUCUGGGAUGCUUCAGAAGUAUUCGGAGAUUGUAGUUGAUUUGAGCAAGGAGUCAUCAGGCAAGAUCCUAGAGCCUGAGACUGCUGAGCUGUUUAAGGAUCUAAAGGUGCUUGGCAAGGGAGAUAUACGGGCGAUAUUGAAGAAAAGAAAGAGCAUAGUAAGGAUGGUGAGGGAAGGGGAAGUUGAGAUUGAGGAGCUGAAGUUUUUGAAAGUUGAGAAUGAAGAAGAGGAGCCUGAGGAGAAGCAGAAGAGUGUUGAGGAGAAGAUUGAGGAGAUCCGUGCAAAGAUGGAGAGGAGGGCAAGAGCAGAAGAUAGGAAAAGAAUGCAAGUGUGUGUAGAGGACAAGAUGUGUUUUUUGAACGACAAUGUUUUUGAGAAGCUUAGGAUGAUAAAGGAGAGCACAGGAAUGCAGGAAGAAGCAGAUGGAGUGGGAAGAAGCAGAGACGUAGAAGUCAGCAGUUGCUCUGAUAGUCUUGAUCUUGAUGAGGAGGAGAUGAUGUGUGUUGCAAGGCUUAAGGAGAAUCCAGAUGCAUUUAUUGAGGACACGAUUGACAGAAACAUCCGUGAUCCAAAUGAGAAGCUGCCAAACUACUUGCGCGAAGACCAAGAGAUGUUCUAUUCAAGGCCGUCUAAAGCAGAUGAGACUCGAAUGACCAAGAAGGAGAAGGAGGCGCUGAUGAGGCGAAAAACACGUGCAGAAAGGCGAGCAGAGAUGUUCAUGAAGAGUCUUGUUGUUGAUGAUUCGGAAGAGGAAGGGAUGAUAGCAAAGAAGGUGUAUCGAUCGUCGUUCAAGAAGACCAAAGCCAAGCCAAGGAUUGUGUUUUCUAAGAAGAGGGGAUGUGGGAUACCGAAAGGAAAGGGAAAGCUGGUGAUGCUAGACAAGAGAAUGAAGAAAGACAAACGAGCCAAGAAGGCAUGA